AUGAGAGCUUUCAUAUGGAAUAUAAGGACUGUGAGAACUCAACAAGCUUUUCAUAGAUUACAAAUGUUGCACAGACAUCAUAAAUUCUCUUUUAUUGUUUUGAUGGAGCCUUUUCAACAAGCAAGAUGUAUUGAUAAAUAUAGAAGGAAAUUAGGAAUGACUCAUGCUGGAGUAAACAAUUCAGGAAAACUUUGGUACUUUAUAGAGGACAAUGUGGAUGUAGAGGUGAUUUCUGAUUCUGUACAACAAGUUUCCUUGAAACUGGUUUUCCUAGAUCGGAAUAAAACCUUGGUCAUCACACUAGUUUAUGCAAAGUGUGAUGAAAGGGAAACAUUACAGUUAUGGGAAGACAUAUAUAAUGUAGCAGGUUCCACUAAUUCUCCAUGGUUAGUUGGAGGGGACUUCAAUGUUGUGUUGCAUGAAGAUGAGAAACUAGGUAGGGUUCCUGUUCAGCCUCAAGACUAUAAAGAUUUUGCCUUUUAUGUGAAUUCUUGUGAACUAUUGGAAACUAGUUUUAAAGGGAGUCAUUUUACUUGGUGGAAUGGUAGAGGAGGUGCUGAUUGUAUUUUUGAGAGAUUGGAUAGAAUUUUCUUCAAUCAACAGUUUCAGCAAUGGUUUGCUGACAUUGAAAUAGAGCAUUUGGCAAGAACUGGCUCUGACCAUGCUCCUCUACUCAUCUCUUUGAAGGAGCAAGGUCAGGUGGUGAUAAGGCCCUUUAAAUUCUUAAAAUUCUGGAGAGAACACCAAGAUUUUCUAUCUGUUGUUAGCAAUAAUUGGGCCUCAAAGGUGACAGGGAAUCCUUUUAUUUUGUUUAAACAAAAGUUGAAGCAUCUAAAAGGUAUUCUAUCUGCAUGGAGUAAGGAGGUAUAUGGUGAUAUUUUCAAGCAGUUGAUGAUUAGAGAAGAAAUAGUCAGGCUCAAGGAAGAGUUUUUCUAG